AUGUGGAAUCGAUAUUGGACAAAGAGCAGUGUUGCACAGACAGGCAUGCCACAUGCACAUUGCCAAAGGAUGAACAGUCCAGUGCAGAAAGUUACAUAUAACGCAGUGGUAUACGCACUACAUCAUCUGACUUACGCCGCGCGCAAACUAGUUCGUUCAAUCGCGCCGUUGACUUGGAUUACCAGGACGCAUCCACCAUUAGUGGAUAGUUGUGUAUUUGCCUUUUGUGGGACUGCGCCGCAUCGGGGCUUGUAUUAUGAACCAACCUUCGGUAUUAUUAUUAUUAUUAUUAUUAUUAUUAUUAUUAUUAUUAUUAUUAUUAUUAUUAUUAUUGUUGUUGUUGUUGUUGUUGUUGUUAGUAUUAUUAUUAAU